AUGCCGAGGACAAUUACGUUACUGGCAAUAUUCGCUUUUCUCGUCGAUUUCGCUGUCACACUUGAUAGUGAAAUGCAACAGCUAGAAGAAGUUAUCAAAGAAUUCGACGAUGAUUACAAACAGGGCAAUAUGUCGAAGCUUUCGUCGGAUUUCAAAGGCGCACUCAAAAAAUACGGCGAUGGACAAAAUCAGAAACCAACUAUCGUGCAAGAAUUUCUGAAGAAAAUGGAAGACAAUGGUGAUUUACAAACAAUGAAGAAAUUAGAAACGGAAUGGAAUAAUUUCAAAGCUGUUCUUGGAAAACAUUACGAUCAAAGUGAAAACAGUUUAAGAAUGGCAGUAUUUGAAAGUAACGAAUUAUUCACGGAAAAGAUGAAUAAAGAAUUUGAGAAGGGUUUAACAACUUAUAAAACUGGCAUGAAUGAAUUAGCUGAUUUGGUAAGUAAAGUGCAAUUUGGUACUAAUAUGUGGUAUAUUUGGAUGCUGUGA